AUGGAGCCAAAGCAAAAAACGGAAAAACUGGUAAAAUACAGGAGAAAACUGGGCAUUCUUCAGGCGUUUGGUAAUGUUUCUAACAAAAUUUUGGAAUUUGUAGAUGAAGAUCAUGAGGUGGAAGUCAUUAUAGAUAUGGAACAACAUAUGACAUUGAAGCUGACCAACAUUGAAACAUACAAGUCUAUGAUUGUCACGCACUGUAUCACCACAUGCAACUUGUUUGAUCUUGGUUUUAAAGGAAGUAUCUAUACUUGGUGGAAUGGGAGGGCGGAAGAUGACUGUAUUUUUAAGAGACUAGAUAGAUAUUUGGCUAAUAUUGAGUUCCAACAGAUGUGGCCUGCCCUUAAGAUCACUCACCUGCCCAAAAUAGGAUCUGAUCAUUGUCCUAUAUUAAUCACUGGUGAUCCAUCAGUUGUUCCUAUCAAAAAAACGUUCAGAUUCCUUCAUUUCUGGAUCAAACAUCCAUCCUUCCAUGAUGUUGUGAGACAGAACCGGACAGUUGAUCUUGCUGCAAAUCCGUUCAUAUUGUUUAAUCACAAGUUGAAGAAGGUGUUAUCAAUAUGGAGCAAAACAACUUAUGGGGAUAUAUUUCAGAAGAUAGCAGGCUUGGAAGAAGUGGUUCUUGUCCAUGAAUCCCAAUCUGAAUUAAAUCCUACAAGGCAGAAUCGCGAGAGAUUACACAAAGUUCAAGCAGAAUUGAUAAGGUAUUUAGCUUUGGAGGAGGAAUUUUGGAAACAAAAAUCUAGAAUAUAG